AUGCUCGACGACCAAGAACCUGCCUCUCUUUCCCUGAAGGAGUCCUCUCGCGAGCCCUCCACUACAACUCCCGCACCCGUCUUGGACAACCCUCUAGAUGCGCCAGAGGGCCCCAGGCCAGAAGCGACUGAUGCCGAUGGCCACGACGACGAAGAGAUGGCUGGAGCCGACGACGCGAAGAAAGAGAAGAACGGAGAGGCCGCUGAGGGCACUGAUGCAGAUGCGCAAUCGAAAUCGGCCCUGGAAUCUCAAGCCCGAUCACACUUUGCCACCCAAACCUAUUCGACCAUCAUCCCCAGCUACGCUAGCUGGUUCGACAUGCACUACAUUGACCACCGUGAGCGUAAGGCCCUCCCGGAGUUCUUCAACGGGAGAAAUCGCAGCAAGACGCCCGCUGUGUAUAGGGACUACCGAGAUUUCAUGAUCAACACGUAUCGGCUAAACCCGUACGAGUACUUGACUGUCACGGCCUGUCGGCGCAACUUGGCGGGCGAUGUGUGUGCCAUCAUGCGGGUUCACGCCUUUCUCGAGCAGUGGGGUCUGAUCAAUUAUCAGGUUGAUCCGCAAGAACGCCCGUCCAACAUUGGACCUCCCUUUACUGGUCAUUUCAAGACAACUGUGGACACUCCGAGGGGGCUUCAGCCAUUCCAACCCGCGCCCAAAUCCAUCACGACCCCAGGCAAGCCGAAUCCUGCCACCGAAGCAGCGGCCAACCAGCCGGCAACUGCAAAGUCUGACUUGACUAAGUCCAUCGGUCGACAUAUUUACGAACAAAAUGGGAAAGAGCUAUCACCUUCGGAAUCCAAGGACAAGACUACGAACGGGGAAGGCGCCGCCAACGGAGCGUCUGGGUCAGCCGACAUGAAGGCUCUGGAAGCUGCCCAAAAGGAACCUAUCAGUCCCGUCCACUGCAACAGCUGUGGCGUGGACUGCACUCGGUCGUAUUGGCACUAUACGAAGACUUCUCCACAACCAAUACCGAAUAAGGCACAGGUGUCAAACUAUCACGAUAUUUGCCCGAGGUGUUUUGUGGACGCCAGCUUCUCGAUGUCAUAUACUAACAAGGGCUAUGUCAAGGUGGAGAAUGGUGAAUACUCGUUGGCUGGAGACCCUGACUUAAAAUGGUCGGAUGCGGAAGUCCUGCGGUUACUUGAGGGCCUGGAGCAAUUUGAUGACGACUGGAACCAGGUUGCCGAUAAAGUCGAAACCAAGACUCGGGAACAGUGCGUGUUAAAAUUCCUCCAGCUAGAAAUCGAAGACAAGUAUCUGGAAGCAGACUUUGCGGAACCUGAAUCAGUCAGCGGGCUAUCGUUUAUGCAGAACGGACGAAUGCCCAUCUCUCAAGCCGACAACCCAGUUUUAAGCGUGUUAAGUUUCAUGGCUGGCUUGUCUCCAGCGGGCGUCACCGAAGCUGCAGUCGCGUCGGGAAGGAGUAUUAAGGCGAUGAGGAGCAUUAUGGAAGAGCGGAUCAACAAGGUAUCAACGUCAGAGUCGGAGAAGGGUAAGGAAAAGGAAAAGGACAAGACCCCUGCGACUGCAGGUUCAGAAGUGAAAAAUGAAGAUGCAAUGGACGUCGAUGCUCAACCGGGCACUGAGUCUUCAAUGCUACCACCAAAAACCUCCACGACCGAUAAAGAUGCGUCAGCUUCGCCUGCCACCACGGAAAUCAGCCCUCUCAUUACAGUACCAUUCGCUCUCACAGCUGCCCGCUCUUCAGGACUUGCCUCACACGAGGAGCGUCAUAUUACCCGCCUCGUCUCUGGCGCCGUAAAUCUGCAACUUCAGAAACUCCAAAUGAAGCUCGAUCACUUCAACGCCUUCGAAAAGAUCCUUGCCGCCGAACGCCGCGACCUUCAACGUCGUCGCCAGCAACUCUUUCUCGACAGACUCAUGUUCCAGCGACGUGUGCGAGCGCUUGAGGAUGCUACAAAGAAAAUCAAUGCCAGCUUGGGCGGUGUGCCCGGUCUUCCAGGCGCCCUCAGCCCAGAAGAGGCUGUCAAUGCGCUGACAGACGCGAUACGGACAUUUGGCGUUGGCAAGGGUGACGAGAGUAUGGGCGCUAAGCGGUCGAGUAUUGAUGGAAGUAUCCAGCCGUACGAAGAUGGCAGUGAUGGUUUCUCGAGAAUAGAGGUUUAG